AUGUGGGUUAAAUUGCAAAGAAUUACGGGCACCUCCUCUGACAGAAAAGCAAAGGAUGGAUCCCCCACGGGAAACCCGCCCUCUGUCUCCUCCCUAGAUCUACCCGUCCUCCCCGCCCCGGACAAGGACCGCUAUUGCCUAGUCAGUGUCGGCGCGACAACCACUUUCCGGCCCCUCGUCGAAAAGGUCCUUGACCCCGCCUUCCUCUCGGCGCUCCUCCGGGCCCGCUACACCAGACUAACCAUCCAGUGCGGGCCCGACGCCGAGCACUUCCAAAGGGCGACGGCGCAGUUCGCCCACCCCGUCCUUCGAAUCGAUGUCCUGGACUACGUGAACGACCUGACGCAGCUGAUGCGCUUAUGCCACGCCGCGGGUGGUCCUUCCCCUAGGGACGACGGGGUUCUCAUCAGCCACGCUGGCACCGGAACUGUCCUAGAUGCAAUGUUGACAAACAUACCCAUCGUGAUUGUCCCCAACCCCACCUUACAGGAUAAUCACCAGGUCGAGCUUGCCGAGGAGCUAGAAAAGGCAUCAUACGCCAUUCACGGCAGCCUGGACCGCCGCCGCCCUCCGCUCCAGCGCCCAGAAGCGUUUCCCUCCCACACCGUAAACGUCGACCCGUCCCAACAGGACGACCCGGCCAACUUUUGGGACUACGUGGACGUCGUGCUGCCCAAACCUCCGCGCGGCAGGGACGUAGCCGCUUCGAGCUCCGCAGGCCGCCUCGUGCCCUCGCUCGACGAGUCCGAGCGGGAUACCUACGGGCGCCUGGUUGAGGGCUAG